UUCAUCUUGUUUUGUAUGCUCAUUUAUAAAACAUUUUCAAAGAAGAUUAUAGCUCCACCACACUCAACCUUCUCUCCAGUGUCAAUAAUCUCAGCUACUUUUAAUGCUGCUUUGGCUUUGGCAUACUUCAGUUUUGGGGUAUGGACAAUCAACAAGAAAGUAAAUACAGAUCAGUCGAUUAUACCUCUCCAUGGAUGGCUAGUAUUUUUAUGUCAAGGGUUCACAUGGCUGCUUCUGGCUUUUACCAUAAGCCUAAAGAAGCCAAACCCUUCACAUAUUUCGACAACGAAAGUUUGUUCAAUUCUCGCUUUCUUGAUUGCGGUUUUUCUUUGUAGUUCGGCUAUUUGGCAAGCUUUUGUAAAUGAGGCAAUAUCGGUGAAGAUUGUUUUAAACAUUUGUUAUUUCCCAGGAUCAAUCCUUUUGCUCUUUAGUGCAUUUCAGGAUACAAAAGGUGAUCCACAAACCCAUGAUGAUGCUUUCUACACACCUUUGCAAGGCGCAGAAUCAGAUGUCAAAGAUGAUAUCAGUUCAAAUGGCAAUGUAACUCCUUUUGAAAAAGCAGGGUUAUUUAGCACAAUGACAUUUUGGUGGCUGAAUCCCUUAAUGAAGAAAGGUAAGCAAAAGAUUCUUGAGGAUGAAGAUAUUCCACUAUUGCGACAGGCUGAUCAAGCUCGAACAUGGUACUUAAAAUUUAUGGAGCAAUUGAACAAAAGGAAGGAAGGAGGUUCAUCUGAUACCCCUUCUAUUUUGUCCAUAAUCUUUUAUUGCCAGAGGAGAGAAUUUUUUAUUUCUGGGCUAUACGCACUGAUCAAGAUUCUCACAACCACAAGCAGUCCGCUGUUUCUCAUGGCCUUCAUUAAGAUUGUUGAAGGCAAUGCAGCUUUUAAAUAUGAGGGUUAUGCACUGACUCUUGCUCUCUUCAUUGUGAAAAUCUUGGAAUCACUGUCGGAGAGGCAGUGGUACUUUAAAACUAGACUGAUCGGGCUCCAAGUGAGAUCAUUGGUGUCAGCUGCAAUAUAUCAGAAGCAACUGCGACUCUCGAAUUCUGCGAAGAUGGCUCAUUCGCCUGGUGAGAUGGUGAAUUAUGUCACAGUGGAUGCUUACAGAAUUGGUGAAUUUCCAUACUGGUUUCAUCAGAUGUGGACCACAAGCCUUCAACUAUGCCUUUCAUUACUUAUUGUUUACUUCUCAGUGGGGUUGGCAAUUGUUUCAGCUCUAAUUGUACUCAUAUUGAGUGUGCUGGCAAGCUCUCCAUUGGCCAAGUUGCAGCAUGAGUAUCAAACGAAGUUCAUGGUGGCACAAAAUAGGAGGCUGAAGGCCAUUUCAGAAGCACUUUCAAAUAUGAAGAUCUUGAAGCUGUAUUCCUGGGAAAAAAAAUUUAAGAAUGUCAUAGAAGGGUUAAGAGCGGAUGAACUAAAGUUGAUAUCUCAAGUAUUGUCACAAAAGGGAUAUCAUUUGGCAGUAUUUUGGUCAAGUCCUAUUUUAGUAUCAGCUGUAACCUUUUGGACAUGCUAUUUCCUCGGAUUUGAACUAUCUGCUAGUAAUGUUUUCACAUUUCUAGCAACUUUGCGUAAUGUUCAGGAGCCAAUUAGGCUGAUUUCAGAUGUUUUUGGAGCAUUUAUUGAAGCAAAGGUUUCAUUAUCUCGGAUUGUGAACUUCCUUGAUGCACCAGAGCUGGAGCACAGACAAACAAGGAAAGAGAGCAUUGGCGUAGAAUUUGAGCAUUCAAUUCUUAUUAGAUCUUCUGAAAUUUCAUGGGACACUAGUGCUAAAAAGGCCACAUUAAGGAACAUUAAUUUGGUGGUUAAACCAGGAGAAAAAGUAGCAAUUUGUGGAGAGGUUGGCUCAGGUAAAUCAACCCUUUUAGCUGCAAUUCUUGGAGAAGUUCCACGCAUCAAUGGCAUUGUUCAAGUAUAUGGGAAGAUAGCGUAUGUUGCCCAGUCUGCAUGGAUCCAAACAGGAACUAUACAAGAAAAUAUUCUGUUUGGGUCUGUCAUGGAUCAUGUUAGAUACCAAGAAACACUUGAGAAGUGCUCUCUAUUGAAGGACCUUGAGAUGCUUCCAUUCCAUGAUCUCACUCAGAUAGGAGAAAGAGGUGUGAAUCUAAGUGGUGGGCAGAAGCAGCGCAUUCAACUUGCCCGCGCACUCUAUCAAAACGCUGAUGUCUACCUCUUGGAUGACCCAUUCAGUGCAGUUGAUGCCCAUACUGCAACCAGCUUAUUUAAUGAAUAUAUCAUAGGAGCUCUGUCGGAGAAGACAGUUUUGCUUGUGACACACCAAGUAGACUUCCUUCCAUCAUUUAAUUCCAUUUUGUUGAUGUCUGCAGGGAAAAUUUUAAAAGCAGCUCCUUAUAAAGAGUUGCUGACUUCUUGUCAAGAGUUCCAAGACCUGGUCAAUGCACACAAUGACACUGCUGGGUGUGAGAGGCAAGUUGAAUAUGCUUCUAAAAGAAAACAUAACUCCUCUAUUGAAGAGAUUGAGAAAGUUCAAACUAGGGUACCGCAAAAAGAAUCUUCUGGGGAUCAAUUGAUUAAGAAAGAAGAAAAAGAAACAGGAGACACUGGUUUCAGGCCAUAUAUUCAGUAUUUGAAGCAGAGCAAGGGAUUUUUGCACUUCUUCUCGUCAAUUUUUGUCCAUGUGAUAUUCAUACUUGGGCAAUUAAUUCAAUCGUAUUGGUUGGCUGCCAAGCUUCAGGAUUAUAGCGUAUCGAGAGUCAAACUAUUUGCUUUUUAUUCUCUGAUCAUGUGUAUCAUGUCAUUCGCUUUGUUUCUUCGAUUCUUCUUUCUAGUUAACUUAGGAUGCGGUGCAUCCAAGUCCAUUUUUGAUACACUACUGAACUCUCUUUUCCGAGCACCAAUGCUGUUUUAUGACUCAACACCCAUAGGAAGGGUACUUAGUCGGGUAUCUACUGAUAUGAAUAUCAUCGACCUUGAAGUAGCUUUCAAGUUAGGAAUUUCUGUUGGGGCAACUUUGAUGACAUACAGCAUAUUUUUAGUAUUGGUUUCUAUCACUUGGCCAAUCGUGUUUCUGAUUAUUCCAAUAAUUUAUGUUACUGUACUACUUCAGAAUUACUACUUUGCUUCUGCAAAAGAGUUAAUGCGAAUGAAUGGCACGACAAAGUCUGCACUUGCAAGCCACCUUGCCGAAUCCAUUGCUGGAGCCUUGACAAUCAGAGCUUUUGGCGAGGAGGACCAGUUCUUCUCUAAAAACUUGGAUUUAAUUGAUGCAAAUGCUAGUGCUGACUUCAGCAGAUUUUCAGCGAAUGAGUGGCUGAUCGAACGUCUUGAAUUUCUAUGUGCUAUCGUUCUCUCAGCCUCAGCCCUUGCCAUUUCUUUGAUUCAUUUUGACGCCUCUUCCUCUGGUUUUAUUGGGAUGGCACUGUCAUAUGGUCUCUCAUUAAAUGUAUUCCUAGCAAUUUCUGUCCAAUACCAAUGCAUGCUAGAAAAUUCAAUGAUUUCUGUAGAAAGGAUAGAACAAUACAUGCAUAUUCCUAGUGAGGCUCCAGAAGUAAUAGAUGAAAACAGACCUGCCGACAAUUGGCCUACUGCGGGUAAAGUGGAAAUACGUGAUUUAAAGGUAAGAUAUAGGCCAAAUGCUCCACUAGUUCUUCGUGGGAUAAAUUGCAUAAUUGAAGGAGGGUACAAAAUUGGGAUUGUUGGCCGGACUGGAAGUGGAAAGACAACUCUUAUCAGCAUUUUGUUUCGUCUGGUAGAGCCUACAGAGGGAAGGAUUAUAGUAGAUGACUAUGACAUUUGUAAAAUUGGACUUCAUGAUUUAAGAUCACGUUUUGGGAUCAUCCCACAAGAUCCAACAUUAUUCAAUGGGUCUUUCAGAUUCAAUCUAGACCCCUUAUCAGAGCAUACUGAUCAUGAAAUAUGGGAGGUUCUUGAAAAAUGUCAGUUACGAGAGGCCAUUCAAGAAAAAGAAGGAGGCCUGGAAUCUUUAGUUGUACAAGAUGGAACAAACUGGAGCAUGGGGCAGCGACAACUAUUUUGUUUGGGACGCGCUUUGUUGAAGAGGAGCCGGAUACUAGUGCUCGAUGAAGCCACUGCAUCAAUGGACAAUGCAACAGAUUCUGUUCUUCAGAAAACUAUAAGAACAGAAUUUGCAGACUGCACUGUGAUAACGGUGGCUCAUAGGAUACCAACUGUUAUGGACUGCACUAAGGUGCUUGCUAUUAGUGAUGGGAAACUGGUAGAGUAUGAUGAGCCAAUGAAGCUGAUUAAAAACAAGGGUUCGCUAUUUGGGCAGCUUGUCAAGGAAUACUGGUCUCAAGCUGCCAAUGCCGGUAUCUCCUCAGAAGGUUGAUUGGGAAACGUAUUCAAUAUAUUUGCAAUAAUUUCUGAGGAAAUUUUAGCAAGCAAGGUAGAUUGGGAUUUGGCUCUGUCUGUUUUAGUACUCGAGAGAGUAAUAUGGUUGCUCAUUCUCUGGCUCGUCAUGCUUUGCAUGAGCGUGACGUCUAAAUUUGGUUAGAGGAGGGUCUGGAAUGGCUUGUGAAAUGUAUCAAUGUUGUUUGUGUUUCUUACCUUGAUUUGAAUAAAGUUUCCUAGU